AUGGAUAAUAAAACUAUUGGUAUUUUAGGAGGUGGUCAAUUAGGCCGUAUGAUCGUUGAAGCAGCUCAUAGACUUAAUAUUAAAACAGUUAUUUUAGAUGCAGAAAAAUCCCCAGCUAAACAAAUUAAUGCUUUGGAUACUCAUGUUGAUGGAUCAUUUACAAAUUAUGAAAGUAUUAUUAAAUUGGCUGAAAAAUCAGAUAUUUUAACUGUUGAAAUUGAACAUGUUGAUGUUGAUUCAUUAAUUAAAGUUAAAGAAUCCUUCCCAAAUAUUGAAAUUUAUCCAUUACCUGAAACUAUUAAAUUGAUUCAAGAUAAAUAUUUACAAAAAUUACAUUUAAUUAAAAAUGAAGUUGCUGUUACUGAAUCUAUUUCAGUUGAAUCUAAUAAUGUUGAAGAAUUAUAUAAAAUUGGUGAUAAAUUUGGUUAUCCAUAUAUGUUAAAAUCAAGAACUUUAGCUUAUGAUGGAAGAGGUAAUUUUGUAGUUAAAGAUAAAUCAUAUGUUGAAAAAGCUUUAGAAUUUUUAAAAGAUCGUCCAUUAUAUGCUGAAAAAUGGUGUCCAUUUACAAAAGAAUUAGCAGUUAUGGUUGUACGUGCAAUUGAUGGACAAGUUUAUGCUUAUCCAACUGUUGAAACCAUUCAUCAAAAUAAUAUUUGUCAUUUGGUUUAUGCACCAGCUAGAAUUCCUGAUACUUUAGCUAAAAAGGCUUCUAUUUUAGCUAAAAAUGCAGUUAAAUCAUUCCCAGGUUGUGGUAUUUUUGGUGUUGAAAUGUUUUUAUUGGAAAAUAAUGAAUUAUUAAUUAAUGAAAUUGCUCCAAGACCUCAUAAUUCAGGUCAUUAUACUAUUGAUGCUUGUGUUACUUCUCAAUUUGAAGCUCAUGUUAGAGCUGUUUCUGGAUUACCUAUGCCAAAGGGUUUCACUGAAUUUUCCACUUCAAUUACUAAUUCUAUCAUGUUGAAUGUUUUAGGUGAUAAAGAAGUACCAAAUAAAGAAUUGGAAAUUUGUCGUCGUGCUUUAGAGACUCCACAUGCUUCUGUAUAUUUGUAUGGUAAAUCAACUAGACCAGAUAGAAAAAUGGGUCAUAUUAAUAUUACUACUUCAUCAAUGGAAGAUGCUGAAUCAAGAUUGAAAUUUAUUUUAGGAGAAUCUGAAGAAAUCCCAGAAUCUUUAACUAUUAAAAAAGAAGCUCCAUUAGUUGGUAUAAUAAUGGGUUCUGAUUCUGAUUUACCAGUUAUGGCAGUUGGUGCUAGAAUUUUAAAACAAUUUGGUGUUCCAUUUGAACUUACAAUUGUUAGUGCUCAUAGAACUCCACAUAGAAUGUCUGAAUAUGCCAUUGAAGCACCAAAAAGAGGUCUUAAAUGUAUUAUUGCUGGUGCCGGUGGUGCUGCUCAUUUACCAGGUAUGGUUGCUGCUAUGACUCCAUUACCAGUUAUUGGUGUUCCUGUUAAAGGUUCUACUUUGGAUGGUGUUGAUUCAUUACAUUCAAUUGUACAAAUGCCAAGAGGUAUUCCAGUAGCUACUGUUGCAAUUAAUAAUAGUACCAAUGCUGCAUUAUUAGCUAUCAGAAUUUUAGGUGCUUAUGAUUCCAAAUGGUUAACUGAAAUGAAUCAAUAUAUGUUGAAUAUGGAAACUGAAGUUUUAGGUAAAGCAGAAACUUUAGAAGAAAUUGGUUAUGAAGAUUACUUAACUGAUAAAUUGAAAAAGUAA